AUGUCGAUACAAUCCGUCGACAAUUUUGAACCAUCAUCAUCAACACCAGUUUUUGGUAGUGCUGUAUCACAAACUAAAAUUCAACAACAACCAAAUAAUGAUGUUGAAGUAGCUGAUAAAUUAGAAACACUACCACAACCUGUUGUUAAUGGACAAAAUGAUACAAUAGAUAAGAAAACUAGUGAUCAUGAAGGUUCAGGUACUACUACAGAAUCUGUUCAAGAAACUACUGGUACAAGUAAUGUAGAGGAUCUACAUGUUAAUGGGCAAAAAGAAAAAACAACUGUUGAUGAACCUCCAUCAACAGAUGAUACAACAACUAAAGAUGAUGCUAAAUCAGUUGAAGAACCUGUUUCAGCAUCAGGAACAUCUGAACCAACUGAAAAGUCAAGUCAAAAUGAACCCAUUCCGGAACCAUCAAAUGAACAAACAGAUAAUGUGACAUCAACAGUUUCACCACCAACGGAUGUACCAGCACCAAGUGAACCUGAACCUUCUUCAGCAACAUCAGCUGAUAUUGCUAAAGAAGAUUUAUCAUCGACAUCAACAACUAAUGUUGAUAGUGCUCCUCCUUGUGGUCCUCCUGUUGAAGCAACACCAACAACAUCAAAUGAAGAUAUUCCUGCAUCAGUUACAGCUCCAGAGGCAACUACUAUAGCUGAUUCUGCUACACCAGAACGCAAAAGCAAAUCUUCUCGUGGUAAAGCUAAACCACCUGUAGUAGAAACACCACCAACACGUCAUUCAACACGUGCUAAAAAACCUGUUUUAACAACAAAUGAAGAAGAAAAACAAACAACUGAAGAAAUUCAAACUACAACAACAAGUCAAAAAGCAUCAUCGCCAUCACCAAAACGUACUAAACGUCAAGCAGCAUCAAAAGAUGCUACACAACCAACUUCAACAUCAGGUAGUAGUCCAACUGAAGAAGUUAAACAUCGAAGUGAUCAUGAAGCGGUUGGAUCUGAUACGGAAGAAGAUCAAAAUAAAACAGAAAGUGGUAAAACUAAAAAGAAAGCUCCAUCACCACGUGUGACACCAAGAACAUCAACAAAAACAGGAAAAAAACGGGAAGCAUCUUCAUCACCACCGCCACCUAGUGCUUCGAAAAAGAAAAAAUCAACACCAAAAGGUAAAAAAUCGACAACAGCAUCAAGUGAUGACGAACAAAUGGAUGUUAAUGUUCGAAAAGGAAAUGAAACAACAACUACGAAAGAAAGUGAUAUGGUUAAAACACCACCUAAAAAAGCACGAACAAGUGGUAAUAAAAAAACGCCACCAUUGAAAACACCCGAAUCAAGUGAAGAAUAUUUACGAAAAUUACGACCACGUAAAUGA